AUGCCUUCUAUCGAAAAUUCAACCAUUCUCAUUAUCGGUGGCUCCUCAGGAAUCGGCUAUGGGGUUGCGGAAAAAGCCCUCGCCGAACGUGCGAAAGUUUAUAUUGCAUCUUCGAACGCUUCCCGCGUCCAAGAAAGUAUCAAAUCUUUACAAAAACGUUUUCCCGAUGCGCAAAUUUUUGGACAUGUCUGUGAUCUUGCUGGGCCAGAUGUUGAGAAAAGCCUCGAAUGCCUUCUUACCUCUGUUGGGCCACUUGACCACAUCGUCUUCACAGCCGGCGACAGUCUUGCUGUUCAACCUUUAGACGCUAUCGACCUCGAUGCAAUUCACCGCGCUGGCCACGUUCGCUUUGCGGUUCCUCUUCUGCUUGCCAAGCUUGCUCCUCGUUUCGUCAAUCCGGGCUAUAAAUCAUCGAUCACACUGACCUCGGGUGCGGGCUCUCAAAAGCCAUUCCCGAAUUGGUCAUUGAUCGCCGGUUACCUAACAGGUCUCCAUGGAUUGACUCGUAACCUUGCGCUUGACCUGAAGCCAAUGCGGGUCAAUCUGGUUAGCCCUGGUGUGGUUGCUACCCCUCUCUGGGGGUCAACUGGAAUGUCCGAGGAACUGAAGAAUUACACAACCUUGGGCAAAGUCGGAACGGCUGAGGAAGUUGCAGAAGCCUAUGUUUAUUUGAUGAAAGACACAAACGCCACUGGCAGCUGUGUCAGCACUAACGCUGGAUCUCUUCUGCUGUAG